AUAAUUUUGAUAAUUCACAUAAAAGUUUCUUAUGACCAGAAUAUUUCAUUGAUUUUUUAUGUGAAAGAUGGAUCUCAUGUAAGGCUGUAAAAUAAGUCUUGUGUUUACAUUACCACCUUGAGACAGUACACUGCAGUACAAAAGGUGCACGUACACCUCUGAAAUAACUUUUCUUGGAUUUGAGGAGAACUAAUAGAGAUCAAGGUAUGAGAAAGCACUAGUUUACGCUACACCAUGUUGGUUAGAAAAACCUGCCUCCUGGGCCUGCUGGCAUGUUCGUUUGGAAAAUCCCCGCUAGAUGGGGUUAGUGCAACCAGUGAAAUAACAACAGAAUCGGAUAAUCUAGGGGAUAAUUCAGCUUCUGAUUCAAACUACAGUCCUGUGUUCUACACUGCUGAGGUCCCUGGCAUACCUAAUUUCUCUCCUCUGUAUGACAAGCGUCCUAAUGAUAAACUGCAUUAUGUCACCCGCCGAGCUUCGGAGCCGGAGUUAAUGUCCGCCCCCAAGCCUGUCAUGGUAAAACCUGACUCCAUCCCUGCCCUGGAGCCUCCCAGCAGCCUUGAGGCGGAGUCCGAUCAGAACGUAGCUGAGUCCAGAUAUGAGAAUAUGCAGGUAUCCUACAAGAAACCUCCUCAUAGACCUAAUAAACCCCGGCCUAGGCGUAAAGGUCCGAGUGUAGAUGUGGUGCACCAGGAAACUAACAGGAGAAGUGGGGAUUCAACUUACAAGGUAUACGACCCCCGUGCUCCACCAGACUCUAUCAGUACAACCCCCAGGGUGUAUCCAGUACCCCUGGAGUUUCUGAACCAGAUCCCGGGAUCCAAACCAAACCUGGAGUUUCUAAACCAAAUACCUGGCUCCAAACCAAACCUUAACUUCAUUCCCUCAUCACAGAUCGAAAAGGUUGUGAACGGGAUCCCAACAUUGGUCCAUCAUGAUUCACAUUUUACUGCUGAGGAUAAUUCUGAUAUUCCUGGACCUCCCUACGCUCAGUAUUUACAAGAACCAGUUCUCCCGCCUGUGACACCUAAGGUAAUAUAUCGAGAUGAAUACCCAAGCCCUAAGCCGAAGCUAGAAUCUGCCUACCCUACCCAGAGCCUAGGCCUACCCCCGGCAUAUACUCCACAAGCCAAGGGCCUAGCGCCUCCGUACCCUCCUAUACCCUACCAUGAUUCUAGGCUUACAUCACCCAGAACUGUUAGUGUGAGUACACCUGGGUCAUCAGGAGCACUUAACCUAGGCAGUACAGUACAGCCCGGUAGUACAGUACGUCAAGCAGAAGACUCAUCAAGUGACAAAGCACUACGUUACAUAGAACCUCCACAACAGGCGUCUCUUAAUUUCGACAAUACCUAUCCUACUCCUACCCCGUAUGGAGUUCCUACUCCCUACUCCAGUCCGUCUCCCUACCCACCGACCACGUAUAAAGUCAAGAAGGGAGGAAAACCAUCCUUUGGAUAUUUCCCCCCCGCCAACAGGGUCAUGCCCAGAGUUAGUCACAUUGAAGCCGAAUGCAGAGAUGAUUUUAUGAAGCUAAGAGUUGCUUUCAAUGAUUCUUUUGCUGGACUCAUUUAUUCUGCAGGUUACACCCAUGACAAUGAUUGUAUGUACAUCAAUGGUACGGGAUCUAAUGUGUACGAGUUCUAUAUACAACUGAACAGAUGCGGAACACUGGGUGGCUCAGAUCAUCAUAAGAGAGACGUGGCCAAUAAACAAACAACGAAAAACUUUAUGUGGAACACAGUUACAAUACAGUAUAACCCAAUGAUUGAAGAGGAGUGGGAUGAACAUUUUAAAGUAACAUGUGAAUACGGAUACGAUUUUUGGAAAACUGUCACUUUUCCAUUCCUGGAGGUUGAGACCAAUACAGCAGAUCCUGUUGUGUUCACUUUAACCCCACCAGAAUGUUUUAUGGAGAUAAGGAAUGGAUAUGGAUUAACAGGUACCCGAGUAUCCGGCCCUGUACAUGUAGGAGACCCUGUAACCCUCCUGAUCUACAUGCGCUCCCAGUGGGAUGGGUUCGACAUGGUAGUCAAUGAUUGUGUGGCGCACAACGGAGCCAACAAGAGGAUCCAGCUUAUCGAUCAUAAUGGAUGUCCAGUUGACGAAAAAUUGAUUGCGAAGUUUCAGGGUACUUGGGCACAUCAGGACUCAAUGUACGAAACUGUUAUCUACGCAAACAUGAAAACUUUUAGGUUUACUGGAACCCCAGCUCUCUAUAUAGAAUGUGAUAUACGAAUGUGCCACGGUUCCUGUCCGACUCCCUCUUGUAACUGGAGAGAUGGAUUACAGAAAGUUCGAAAAAGAAGGAGUGCUGACAACUCCACCAUGUCUGACGAGGACCAAGAGGACGACUAUGAAGAGGGUGAAGAGGAUGAUGAGGAGAAGGACCAGAGGAAGACGACAACAGUUCCUCCAGGAACUUUAGGGGAGAAACCGUUUUCUGAAUCUCUCAGUCUUUUUCAAUCAUUACAGGUUUUAGCUAAUGAGGAAGAUGAAAAAGCUUUCAGAAAUCAAACUUUAAAAGGUGUACCUCUGUCAGAAGGAGAGGUCUGUCUAUCUACACUAAUAUUUACCACACUGUGUGGUGGGGUGUCAGCCAUACUUCUAUAUUUACCACACUGUGUGGUGGGGUGUCAGCCAUACUUCUUCUUUCAG